UAAGGGGUUGCCAUUUGUCAUUUUUUAAGCCUUUUGGCUGCCCAGCUUCAAGAAGCCAAGUCUUACAUAAAAUCAGUUGGUGUGAGUGCACAUCCCAAAGGGAGGGGAAUAGAGCCAUGACCGCUUGAGACAAGUGAAGUGUACUGCUCAUGAAUACACUAAAAUGAUAGGCAUUGUUUUUGGAAGUAUGCCUUUCUCGAAAAAUCUAAAUAUCAGAUCGCAUAAGUUGUAGAAUUGCAACACUUAGAAAUUGCAAUACAAUAGUCGAAUAGUCACCCAAGUGUCGUAAUAGUAUUGUGUCCCAGCCCUGUUGACUAUAUCAGUAAGACUGCGUUUUUCCACCAGAAUAAUAUUGCAAAAAUUCUGACUAUUAUAUUCCGGAUAGAAGAAACUGGUUCAUGCAUUGUUGUUCUCCCAUCCCAGCCAAAACAACAAAAACAUAAACCUUCAGCUAUUUUGGCAUCUUUACAUUGGCUCCCUGUCUCUUUUAGAAUUAUAUUAUAAGGUUAAAGACUGUCAAUGUUUGAACACAUCACACUAAGCUGGUCUCUUCUUCUCUUCUUCUUGUUCACAUCAUCAGGUCGUUGAACUCAACAGCAUAAAAUGUCUUUAAACGUACGGAGACGUAGAAGCAUGGAGAGACCACUUACUAUGACCCAUGACACCUCUCCCAAGACACCUCGAAAAGAACUCCAGGAGGCCUUGUGCUGCUACACUAAAGAUACUCUCACCAACGUCGACAGAAUGAGGGAAUUCUGUGAGAGGAGCUCUAGGUGGAUGCUUGGUAGGGAGAUAGAGGUGCACAUGAUGAAGGACAUCAAAGAAAGAGCUGACAAUAUCAACCUGAAAUUCUCCCACGUCAAAACAGCAAAGGGCAAAAGUAAAGCCUUUAAGGAAUUUAUAAAGAGCAAGUUAGACCAGGACAGCAGGCGUGCAGAGCUGCAGGAGGAGCUGGCUGCUGUGGUGAAGGACACUCUGGGAGGCCUGGAGAAGCUCCACUGCUUCCUGGAUGCAGUGGAGAAUCUGGCGGUCACCUCACUUCAUGUGUUCACGGAGGAGAACCAGGCGCUACAUCUGCCAGAAGGGGUCAGCCCUGAACAUGUCCAGGUGGUCAUCACUGCUGCACGGACAGUCUGUCCUCUCCUCCUUGAGUUUAAACGAGAUGCCAGUGUCUUCUUCCUCCCCAAGCUUCAGAAUGUGGAAGUGCUGUCAUAUCAGCUGGACAAAUACAUUCGGACCACCCAGGAAAUCUGUGACAAGCUAGAGAAAAGCUCCUUCAGUGACUUUAGCCUGAAGAUGAACACAGAAACUCUGGUGGACCUCAGUGUGGAUUUGUCUGAAGAUGACAUACAAAGGAUGCUUCAUCAGAUUAAUCAGCUCCAUGAAAUCAGGAUGAACCAGAGCUUCCGGACAGUGUUCUUGUUUCAGGAGGAACCAUGCAGUGGCUUCAUCAAUGAGUUCAGUAAGAGACGUCCCAGGAUGCUGCAGUCUCUAACAGACCUGGAGGAGAUUGCUGUUCAGCUGGACAGCAUGAGUAAGGGGGCCAAGAUCUCCAGUGUGGCCGGCAGCUCAGUCGGGGCAGUUGGAGGUGUGCUUUCCAUUGUUGGUUUGGCAUUAAUUCCUGUAACAGCUGGAGCAUCUCUAGUUCUGACGAUGACCGGGGUGGGGCUGGGAAUUACCAGUGGAGUCAACAGUCUCGUCACCACUGGCACAGAGAUGGGAGUGAACCACAAGCAACAAAACAAAGCCAGUGAAACCUUCAAGAGCUUCAUGGAGGAUGUGAAGAGUCUCCAGGAUUGUCUGCAGGAGGUGACCCAAAGAGCAACAAACGGGGUGGAUGUGGUUGUGGGAGUCGGCAAGGUGCUCUGUAAAGCGGGUGUUAUUGGAAAAAGCAUUGACUCGAUGUUUGAUGCUGUCAAAGAAAUCAAAGGGCCUCUUGCUCUCUCCAAGUCAGCCAGGGCUGGUUUCAUCGGGCUCAACGCGCUCUUUGUUGGCAUGGAUAUCUUCUUCAUCUGUAAAGACAGCGUCAGUCUUGCCAAAGGCAGCGAGACUGAAUUAUCACAGUUGAUCAGAGCCAGAGCUGCACUGUGGAGCUCAGAGAUGGACUCAUGGCAGAAGAUCCACGACUUCCUGACCAAAGGUCUGGUGACAUCAGAGAAAAACAAAUUCUUCCUGGAGACGCCGUUUUAUCCAGAGAGAAAGAAGAAAGAACACAGAGACACAGGAAUGGAAAUUUCUUUCGAUGAAAUAAAACAAAUGAAAAGGAAAAAAAAAAGUGUGAUACAGUAG